AAUGUUUUGGUAUGUAGGCAGGCAUGUCGACUUGCCAUUUCGGUAUAUUUUCCAGCUUUGGUCACUCUAAACUGCAUUCUUGACAAGAAUUUGCUUUAAUUCGCAUUUAAAAACGCAAAUGCAAUGGCGAACGAUUUCCCUCCGUGUGCCAUUCGUUUAUGGAUGCAUAAGCUGCAGAAGGGCGCGGCCCAGGCGGUGGGCCGUCUUGAGAACUGCCUGCUGCCGUCCAUGAGCAAGGAGACGGCUAGACUGUCAGUGAAGAUCGCUACGGAACGUGGCAUUUUGGUGACCAAUAAAGACGCCAAGGUUCGGCGCCCCACCCUGAAGUUCUGCCAGAAGCUAAGCUCCCUGCCAAAAUACUCAAGCGAUCCGUACUGCUACGAGUGUCAUUUGCCCGGAGACCUUAGGAAAUGCGUGUCUUGUGAGCGCUGCUUCCACGAAGAGUGCCAGCGCAAGGACCCCGAGAAGCCCACCUACCUGGUUCCCUCGGACAAGGAUCAACCAUAUCAGUUCCCGCUAAGCGUGCCCGACCAGGACCAAAAUGAGAGCGUGGAGGUGGUGGCCAUGUCACCCACUCCACAGCCACUUCUAGAUCACAACAGCAAUAUAGAACAAGAGUCACCGGCCCCACAGACGCCGCAUUUCGUCAAGCACGAGAGCUACGAGUGGGACGACGAUGUGUUCUAUGUGAGCGAAAAAAAGGGCGUACGUCAGCGUUCGCAAGCCACCGUAAAAAACGAAGAGGCCCUGGGUUCAGACACCGAUGCGAGCAGCGAAUUGGAGCUUUGCACUCGCUGUCGGCUACUCAAGCUAGCCACUAUCCGAAAUCCGCCGCAGCUUGACAAAAAAGAGUUGGCUUGCCUCUUGAGCAAAGUCUGGGGUGAUAGCCACAGUUGGAUGAGCACAGACGUGGCCACGUACAUGGCCGAUAACUGGAAGAAUCGUGAUAUUGCGCUGGUUAAGCGCAUCCUCUUCAAAAGUGAUAUCCUGGGACUGGAGGACAUCAAGCGGAACAUUGAGGCUGAAAAGUACACGUACUUAAUGGAGUUUCACGCCGAUCUGCUUGACUUACAGCACAAUAUGGCCGUGUUCUUUGGCCACCAGGCCGAGGAGUACGAACCCACCAAGAGGCUCAUUCGGGAUGUGUCUCACUACAUCCAAGAAAUCCGUAAAUGCGUGGACUGCUUUCGAUAUUCCAACGAAGAAAACCUCUCCAAGAUGUGGUUUGCCAAGCCCUGUACACAGCGGCAUGAGUUGGUCCUGGCCAAGACGGCAGGCUACCCGCACUGGCCAGCAAAGGUUAUAAGCGUCUACAGCGGCAAUCCAAACAAGUAUGAUGUUCGCUUUUUUGGUGGUGACCAUUCGCGUGCUCUACUCGCCGAACGGGAUAUAAUUCCCAUCGAUAUGGAUACUGACUUACAUUUCAAAGCAAAAAACACGCACGGCUUCAACGACGCCCUGUUGGAACUGCACUGUCACAUGAUGCUGUCCGGCUAUUCCGCCACACUCUUUGGCUUCUAUGCUGAUCCCGCCGAAGCCGAGGAGCUUAUAAAACUGGCUCUAUCACGUUGCACCAAAUCGGGCGUCUCCCAUACACCGGGCAAACGAGGAAGACCGGCGACACCGGCAGCUGCAAAGAAGCGCAAGCUGCUGAAUAGCUCCAGUUGCCCAUCACCGGUGCCUACUCGCGUGAUGCCGCGACGCAGUGUUUUGCUGCGGGAAAGUGGGGGCACAGUCAAUCAACCGGAGAAUGGAAUCUAUCAGAAUCUCACCGAGCAAAUCCUGAAGGCGCACGACGACCUCCAGAGGUACCAAAGCGAGUUGACGGCCAUGCAGCAGGAGCUGAAUGUAGCAAAGCUCAAGCGAUGGUGCCACCACUGCCUGCAGGAGGCUGCGUUCGACUGCUGCUUUGCGGCGUCCUACUGCAGCGCCGACUGUCAGCGUCGCGAUAAAAGACGCCACCAGGGAGCCUGUAAAGUCAAUCAAUAAAAUAAGAUGCCUGGUGAUAAGAAUAUUA